AUGGAUAUGGACGAUAAUGCAACGUUGAUCAACCCAAUACCAGUUCCAACCAUACUACUGGGAGAUUAUAUUGAGAUGGCAGCUUUACUUAUCAUUAUUGCUAUUGGUUUGCCCUCAAAUAUCUAUAUUCUAGUUAAAUUACUAAAAGAAUUACCACGUACACACACUGAUUCAGUUAAAGGUGGAUUUCUAGUAUUAAAAAUCAAUUUGAAUAUCUCCGACAUAUUUCUGUUAACAUUAGCAUGUGGAAAGCUGAUAUGGCUUUAUACAUAUCGUUGGGCAUUUGGAUCAAUUGCUUGUAGAUUAUACCAAUACCUAUCAAUAUGCUCAUUAUAUGUAUCAUCGAAUAUAGUCGUAUGUAUAGCACUUGAUCGUCUAAAAAACGUACUGACAGCUCAUAAGCCAUAUAGAUCUCAUAGACGAUUUAAUCCAGUGACUAUGAUGACAUCUAUAGCAUGGGUAUUCGGAGCAGCGUGUGCUUUACCUCAGUUCUUCGUAUUUGACACCAUCAAUCUGGCACCCGAAAAUCCCGAUGGAUGGUAUCAAUGUACGGACAUUUGGCAGAUUAACGAAGUAACUGGCGAUCAAACAUCUCAAUCAUUUCUAUUGAAUGAAGGAUCAAAAGAUAUCUACAAUAUCUCACAUUUGCUGACUGUCUUUUGGGGUCCCAUGAUCGUUUUACUAAUUUGUUAUGUGAUAAUUGCUAUGAAAUUGGGAGUCUAUUCAGUUGGUCGUAUCAAUGGACAGGAGACAGUUCAUGAGCCUUGCAUGUCUCAUACGGAUCAUUUAACAGAAGAUGGUGAGAGCGUUGGAACUAAGACUUCAAUACGGAUGUCAAUUAAAAAAUUUACAUUGGACAAAGUACGAAGACCUACGAAUUCUACGUCAUGCUCAUCAUCAUCUAGAGUUCCAAUUGUUCAAUUUCAAAGUUCUGCUACAGCUUCUAUAUAUACAACAGCUAGACCAGGAUGGCGAAAACAGAUGAGAAAUAAAAUCUUUCGAACAACCCUAUUAGUUGUUGUGACUCAUAUGUUCUUCUGGUUUCCAUAUAAUGCAUUGGGAUUGAUGAAUUACAUCAAUGAGCAGUUAUACAGGGAUCUUAGUGUGCAUGCGAAUGUUUUCAAAGACAUGCAAUUUCUAAUUACAUUGAUUAAUCCAUUUUUAUAUGGCUUUGUUAGUUAA